AUGUCGACCACGUUUCGGUGGCGGACGCCCGCGCCUUUCCGCGGUUACCGGUCCAAACUUUUUUUUCCAUUUAGUGCGGACAUUGUGUAUUGUGUUUUUGUGGAUUUUUCUGAGACGUCUUAAUUUUUUUUCUUUGAGAUACAACUUGCCAUCAUGUCAUCACAGUUCUCCUCAAGACAUCUGCGUUACAAGUUGGCUCAUACUUCAGUCUCCGAUCAGCCUGUAUCUGUCGAAGUCAUGUGACGGUUGUGACCUUGACAAAAACUUUAAUGACGUAAUGUUUAAGUGUGUAUAAGUGGACUAAGCAUUGGGACGAUGCAUUUAUCGAGUGAAGUGAGUUCGACGACGAACGGACUGGGCCAUGAGGCACCAUCGUCGAGUUAUGGAAGCGCGCUGCCGAGUCAGCCGCUGACGGCAGAGUUACUGGCUGAAAGGACCUUGGAAGGUCUCUUAGCUGAUCAUCCUGGAGAGUUGGUGAAGACCGGUUGUCCUCAUGUGGUGUGCACAGUCUUACCUCCACAUUGGCGAUCAAACAAAACCUUGCCGGUAGCAUUCAAGGUGGUAGCGUUAGGAGAAGUAGGGGACGGCACCCUGGUCACCGUCAGAGCUGGUAACGACGAGAACUGUUCUGCAGAGCUAAGGAACUGUACAGCGGUGAUGAAGAACCAGGUUGCCAAGUUCAAUGACCUCAGAUUUGUUGGAAGAAGUGGGAGAGGUAAAUCGUUCACGCUGACAAUAAUGCUGGCGACCUCGCCGCCUCAGGUGGCGACGUACCAGAAGGCGAUCAAGGUGACGGUGGACGGUCCUCGCGAGCCGAGGUCCAAGACGAGGCACCAUGGCUUCCACCCCUUCCACUUCGGGCCACGGUUUCCACCUGAUCCCUUGAUGGGGUCACUACCUUUUAAGUUAUCAGGUAUAGCCCACCAGUUAGCUGGCCUACCGGGCGGUGAAUGGGGAGCGUUAGCGCGCCACUACCCGCCUCCCCUGCUGCCCACACCGGCGCACUUCACGCCGCACGUCCUGCCGCCGCACGCGCAACCUCAACAUGUACCUCCUCCGCCACAUGAGACUGAUGUGACGUCAGACAAUCCUAUAACAAUGCACGCGCACAGUACGACGAGUCCAGCUAACUCGCGUCCAAGCUCACCGCAGGACGAUGACAUCUCAGUCACCGCAUCCAGUUCGCCGCCGCCUGACGACCGUCCUGGGGCCUUCACAUCAGUCACUAGAUCACGGAAACCGAUGCAGCCCUUACCUGCACCCUCCAGUCUGUUCCACAGCGCACUAGCAGCUCAGUUAUUCCUAAACUCCCCCCUACUUCCCACUCCACCCGCGUGGUUAUACUCCCAACUAUACGGAGGCUACGACUGGUGGCUACGACCGCCUCCACCACAAGAAGACUCCAAUCAUUCCAGCCCGGAAAGAGAAGAUGAAGGGUCAACAGCAUCAGGGACGGGGAAAAAGCGUCCAGCCUCUCCGGAGUGGUCAGAACAAGGGAUGAGGACUCGUAGCAAAUCUCUGAUUACGUCAGAAAGACGACCUGUUGAUGUGUGGCGUCCUUACUAGUCAGUGUUUGUGGCAAUUAUAGAACAAGUCUACUGUCCACUGGUAUGUAUCAUUAUGGAUGUACAGAAUACCAUGUACCGAAAGAAAAUUUUGCAGGUGUUCGUGGCACCUUUAGCUUUUUUGUGCAAAUUGCAACCCCUAGUAAAAUGGUUAAGGUCUAGGACUCUCUAAGUACGAACAAUCAUGAACUCAAGUGUAACUAUGGAAGUCUAGAUGACGAUGGUUAUGAUAAUACGUGUAGUGGACAGUUUUAACUUUAAACGUUCGGCAUUCCCGUCCCGAGUGAGACAUUCAGACACUUGAAAAAUGUGCGCGUUUUAAGUAUAGGAUUAAAUAGUGUUUAUUGUCGAUCGAUAGGUGUUUUUACGUUAGAUAACUGAAUGUGAAUUUCAAAUCGUAACGUUUAAUGAAUUGUUGACUGUAUUAUAAGAUAAUGCAAAAAAUGUAAAUAAAGUUAUCGAAAUUUUUAUACUGCAGUGUUUUAUUUGAGAAAAUUUUAUUUGAUUUACAGUAUAGAGGUAUAUGUGAGUAUAAUAGUACUAUAACAAUGAUUUAUUCAUAAAACGUAGCCACAAAAAUAAAUAUUUUAUAAAGCUGCGCGAGUAAAAAGUUUUGGAUUGUGUCCAUUAUAGUCGAAACCACAGCGCGAGCUAUUUGGCACAGGUCAUUGCGUCCAGGCAUUAUCAAUGUAUGGAAAUGAAAUGUUUUAUCGCCGUGUAUUUACGUACUGAGCAUUUCAUUAAUUUCUGUUCAUCAAAUAUUUAUUUUUACGGUCUUACUAAUAAAAAUAUAUUAAACAACUGUUUAACGUCUGAUUACUUAUUCAGUGUUUAAGGCGUGAAUAGCUAGAUAUACAACACCUUACUAAUAAACAGUGUGUAAGCCUUGAGUAACUAUUUAAUUGUUAUAACACUAACUACUGGUAACAUUUUGAGAAGUGUUCCGAAACCUUAAAACGUUAAAAACACCACACAUUUCUAUUUCUAUUUUUCUUUCAUAUUUACAUGAUCUUAUUUACCAGUCACUAGAAAAUAAGAAAUGAAGGACUUCUGUUUAUUACAAAAUAUUUUCAGUAUACAUACAUGCAGAUAUUUAAAUUAUUUUAUUUAAUAUUUUCCAAUCAGUAAAAUGUCAUCUAUAAUUAAGAAUAUGUUUUGAACGCGCUUUGAAACGUCAAAUGUCAUUUUCCGCAAGAAAUGUAUAUAAAAAGAUAAAUACAAAUCCAGGUCGUGUGGUUUUUUGUAUUAAUAUUUCAUAUGCAUUCAUUUUAUUAUUGAUAACAAUGAGAAAUGGAGUCGUUUGUAUCGUAGCAAAGAAGAGAAAGCGUGCUACUAAUUGGGAUCCCUUGUGAUUGAGUUUAAACAUAAGGAUGAGCAGAUGAUGAGAAAUCAAGUUCUCAAUGAGAACUGUCGUAGACUGAAAAUGAGGUAACAAUGAAACACAUGCUAGUAGAAGCCUAUGAGUGGACACGAGCUGAACAAGAGCU